UAAAAAAACAUUGGCAAAAGAAUUCUAAAUUAAUAUAGCUGUGAAUUACAUAUAUAAUAUUAUUUACUAAAUAUAUUUGCAAAAUAAAUAAAAUAAAUAUAAGUGAACGAAACAAAGCGAUAGACAAAAAUAACUAUUAAACUUAAAAUUAUAUAUAAUUUCUCCCAAGUUUUGUAAACAUUUUUUAAGCAAUCAUUAGUACCUUGACAUUAAACUCGCUAAAAUAAUUCUUUGUUCCGUGAAAAUUUAAAAUUAGUGUUAAAAGACAAAGAAAAAAUUUUGAAUAUUCGAAGUGUAAUUAUCAAUUAGGUAUAAUCACAAUAUCAUAAUAAUCUAGUGCCUAAAAUCAACACAUUAAAAAGUUAAAAAUGGCAACAAAGUUGUUUCAAAAUACGAAAGCCUUUAUUCCUGGUGUAAAUUCUCUGUGUACGAUGUUUAAUGUAGGAAAAUGUCAGAGUUCAAUAACUUUAUUAUAUGUGUCUCCAAGAAGAAGAACGUUUGAAACAAGAAAAAUAUGUACAACAGUUGGAUUGUUUAACGAAAAAAAAUCUACAAAAGUAGAGGAUUCAGAAAUAAAGAAAUCUGUUUUCAUAUCACAGUCGAAUAAUGUAUAUACAAAUUUAGCCUUAGAAGACUGGCUCUACAAAAAUUUUGAUUUUUCACAUCAUCAUGUUCUAAUGCUAUGGACCAACGACCCGUGUGUUGUAAUAGGCCGUCAUCAAAAUCCUUUUAUUGAAGCAAAUGUUACGAAUCUGAUGAAAAAAGGUAUUCCUUUAGCACGGAGAAAUAGCGGUGGGGGAGCAGUAUUUCACGAUCGUGGCAAUUUGAAUUGUACGUUCUUUACACCAAGGGAAAGAUACAAUAGAAAAUACAAUUUAAAAAUUAUGACAAGAGCUAUUUAUCGCGAGUGGGGAAUUAAAACCGAUAUCAAUGAAAGAGACGACAUUGUAAUAAACGACAAAAAGAUUUCCGGAACUGCGGCAAAAUUGGGGCAACCUAAUGCGUAUCAUCACUGCACGCUCUUAGUAAAUUCCAAUAAACUCCAUUUAAAUGAAUCUCUGAUGAAAGAUGAGGUUAACUAUAUUUCAAAAGCAACGUCCUCCGUUCGUUCUAAAAUUAAAAAUUUAUGUGAUGUGAAUAAAAUUGUUAAUGUACCACAAAUGUUGUCAGCAAUAGGAUACGAAUUCUUAAGAACAUCCGCAACUGAGUUACAUGAUGGUGGUCGUGAACAAGCUAUGAAUCAACGUGGAUUUCAAUUAAUCAAUCCAACAGAAAAAUGGUUCCCUGGAAUAACAGAGAUUCGUAACCUUUUUGAGUCAUGGGAUUGGCGCAUUGGUAAAACACCUAGAUUUAGCGUCGAGAAAGAAAUUGUAAUGAAAUCGGUUGAUAAAGAACAUAAAAUAAUCCUAAAAAUUGAUGUAGAUAAGGGUUUGAUUGUUGAUAUUAAACUGAUUCUUCCAAAAACCGAACCGAUCCCAGUUGUUUCUAGUUUAUUAUCAAAACCAUAUUCUGAGGAGAACCUACACCAAAUUAUUAAUGCGUUAAAGUUAGUUUCCACAGCGAAUGUGAAACAAGCCAUAAAUGGAAUGUGAAAAUUGAUGAUUAGAUAGAUUAUGAUUUUUAUAAGUUUUAUUCCAAUUGACAUAUUCCCACUAAUGGAAUUAAUUUUACAGAAUUAAUUUAACAUCAUAGUUUUAGUUUUUUUAUUUGUUUUUAUAUUAUGAUCAAUUUAUUAACUAUUUUAAAUGAUUUGUUAAUAUUUUUAUAGGAAAUACAAAGGGAUAUUUUUCCUUAUAUUCAUUAAUCAUUUUUCAUAGAAUUAAAUGAGUCUUUAGGUUUAUAAACAAAAUUUUCAAUUAUAAAUACUACAUUAUGUUACCUUAAUCUAUAGCAUUUUUAUACUUAUUUUUUACAAAUAUAUUUUUCUGUAGAAUUUCAAUCAGUAGUAAUUUGUUAUGCUGAAGAUAUCAACGUUAAAUAAUUAUAUAUGAAAUUCUAAAUUUUAAAAAACCUUUGAUAACGAUGUAGAUUUUUCAUAUUUAAUAUUCAAAUUAUAUUUUAUUAACUACUUAUUUAAUCAUUUCAAUCUAAUUAAAUUUUAACAAAAAUUAUUUGUAAAAAAUAUAUAAUGAUAUUUUAAAAAAUACUAUAUAUUAAGAAAAAAUUUCUGAAAAAGUUUUGUUGCCAAUUUCAUUAUCACAAUAAUUUUUAAAAUGGGUUAAUAUUAUCUUAACUUAUCAGGUUAAAAUUAAUUUGUUAUAGGUUAAAAAACAAAACAAUUGUUAUGGGUUGUCUUAACAAAUAACACAAUACAUAUUAUUCUUGAAUUAAAUAUAUUAAUUUAAGUUUUUUUUUAUUUAGCAUAAAACCAUUAAUUCGUUAAGUAAUUUGUAUUACACACUUCUUUAAAUUCGUUUUUGGGAUACUUUUGAUGAAAUAAAUAUAUAUUAAAAAUGUGGAUUAAAAAUUGCA